AUGUCCCUAGCGCGAUCGUGCGGUCAUUUGGCACGUCUUACCGGUGUGAGAUCAACAACAUCUACAGCACCCUCUUACAUCACACGGCCGACAGCAAGCCAUCGAUCAAUACAUGCGUUCGCACCGACCGCACCUCGUUCGUUUUCCUCAGCCUCUCGCACGGUUCCCCGUGUCGUUUCUGGCUCAGCUGACCCCUUUCUACGGUGUUCUACAGUGCUGAAGAAGAAGACAGGCAAGAAAAACGCUGCAUCAGCCGUUUCCGAUGCCUUUGACGCCGAAGAGUUCGAGGAGGACCUGAUCGACGACAUCGACAGCGAACCCACGACCACCUCCAGCUCCAACAACGGUAAAUCAGCAUCCGACUACCCUUCCUUGCACGCCUACCUCUCUAAACGCCUCGAACUGCCCCACUUUGCCUUCAAAUCCAACAUCCCUUCCGUCUCGGCCGUGAAAGGGUUGUUGCACCUCACCGCGCGCGACGAUCGCUCUAGGACCUUACAACUGCUUAGACUGUGGCGUCAACGCAACCUUCCUUACCCCAACAGCGAAACCUCGUCCGAAUUCGUCCGUUCCUGGACAAAAAUGAACGAGAUCGAAGAGAUGGUUCAAGUGCUCGCGCAAAGGGAUCUCUACGGUUUAGGCCUGGUCAAACCCGGGGACUUUGUCAACGCGUUGCAGAAGUUGACCACUGUCGAGGGGGAGGUCGCGGAUGCAAAGACCUUGAUGCCCAAAUUGGAAACAGCCAAGACGAUCCACGAACUCUUGAGGCUCGAAGGCGUGAAUGAUCUCGCGGCCGUUGUCUCGACACUUGUUAUGGCAUUGCGAUUGAACGAAUCAAAGGUCGUGAGGCGAAUGCCGGCCUUGAUCGACGAUCUCUUGGCCGAGGUCAGGGAGAUGAACCCGGAGGAUGCGGUCAAGAGUCUCAAGGGUGUACCGGGGAUAGAGAGACAGGCGUGGGUUGUGAAGCAGAUCCAGGAGUGUCAAAACAGGGUUGCCGAGCCUAAAGACCGAGCCGUAUUGGGCAGGAUCUUGGACAAGGUGCAGAAGUGA